AUGCCUCAUUCUCCUCUCUCAUUCAAACUUAUUACCUUUUUUCACCUUCUUCUCACCCUUUCGGGUGCCUCUCUCGCCGCGGUCGGCCACCAUCGUCGCCCUCGUUUUAGCCCUCAUAACUAUAGAGACGCGCUCGCCAAAUCUAUCCUCUUCUUCCAAGGCCAGAGGUCCGGGAAGCUCCCUCCAAGCCAGAAGAUGGCUUGGAGGAAAGACUCCGGUUUAUUUGAUGGCUCAACAAUGAACGUUGAUUUGGUUGGUGGGUACUAUGAUGCUGGGGAUAAUGUGAAGUUUGGGUUUCCUAUGGCUUUUAGUACCACCAUGCUUUCAUGGAGUGUGGUUGAGUUUGGUGGGGUUAUGAGAGAUGAACUCAAUAAUGCUAAAGAAGCUAUUCGUUGGGCCACUGACUAUCUCCUCAAAGCCACUGCUCUUCCGGACACUGUUUUUGUUCAGGUGGGGGAUGCUAACAAGGACCAUGCUUGUUGGGAGAGGCCAGAAGACAUGGACACACCAAGAACAGUGUUGAAAAUAGACAGGAACUCCCCUGGUUCUGAUGUGGCAGCUGAAACUGCAGCUGCUCUUGCUUCUGCUUCAAUAGUGUUCAGAACAUCCGAUCCCUCCUACUCCAAGCUGUUGAUUAAAAGAGCCAUAAGGGUGUUCGAGUUUGGUGAUAAGUACAGAGGAUCCUACAGCAAUGGACUCAAAGAUUUCGUCUGCCCUUUCUACUGCUCUUUCUCUGGUUAUCAAGAUGAGCUGCUGUGGGGCGCUGCUUGGCUACACAGAGCUACAAAGAAUGGUAGCUACUUGAAUUACAUUCAAGAGAAUGGGCAGAUUCUUGGAGGUGGAGAGCUUGACAACACUUUUGGUUGGGAUAAUAAGCAUGUUGGAGCAAGAAUUCUUCUUUCCAAGGCUUUCUUAAUCCAAAAUGUGAAGUCUCUUCGUGAUUAUAAAGGACAUUCUGAUAAUUUUAUAUGUUCUCUUGUACCGGGCGCUCCUUUCUCCUCUGCUCAAUACACCCCAGGAGGUCUUUUAUAUAAAAUGGGUGACAGCAACAUGCAGUAUGUGACCUCAACCUCAUUUCUACUCUUAACCUAUGCCAAGUACCUAACCUCUGCUCACACAACCGCCCACUGCGCCGGCCGCACCAUCACACCCAAUGCUCUACGAGCCAUUGCCCAGAAACAGAUCGAUUACCUGCUGGGAGAGAAUCCAUUGAAGAUGUCAUACAUGGUCGGAUAUGGCGGCCGCUACCCGCAGAGAAUCCACCACAGAGGCUCGUCGCUGCCGUCGAUUGCAGAGCAUCCAGCCAAGAUCGACUGCUCCUCCGGCUUCUCCGCCAUGGAUUCCAAUUCCCCCAACCCUAACGUGCUCGUCGGCGCGGUGGUCGGAGGGCCAGAUCAGAACGACGGGUUUCCAGAUGAGCGAUCGGAUUACGAGCAAUCCGAACCGUCCACUUACAUUAAUGCCCCGCUGGUCGGUUCUUUAGCCUAUUUUGCGCACUCCUUUGGGCAGCUCUAGGCCUCUGCUUUUGCUGGGAAAUGUUCACAAUCAUAAUGCUACCAAAACCCUAAACUAACGGUUUAAAUCCGAAUAUAACCGUAAUAACUACUACUUUAUAUGGUUAAAUUUUUUAAUUUUCCGAA